AUGUCUCUGUUAAAAGCGAUUUUGAGAGCACAGUCUAGGAGCGAGGGGAAUUAUCCUUCGCCACCGCCGGAAGUUUCGAUGGUAACGCGCAAGAAGAAAAAGGGGAGAACCGAAGACCAACGGCAUGAAAUUAUAAGUAAAGUCGAUUGCGGACCUCCGCUAUACGACCCGCAAAGGUUAACCCGGAAAAUGCCUGGAUUCGUAAAUGACGUCUGUCAUUUGUACUAUGACAAUUUGUCUAUGGUCAUUGCUCUACAGAAGGCACGUAUUAAGGGUAAAAUCGACACCCACUGGAACAAACUACCUCCUCGUAGUUUGCUAUAUUAUGACCAAAGACUUAACGCGUACAAACGAAUUCGUAGGGAGAACAAGCAGAUACACAGAAGAAUUCUAAGUGCGAGACCGCGUUUACACAGAGCUUCGUCUUUGGAUCGCGUUUGGCGCUCCAAUAAGUUAUCAAUCAUGCAUUCAGCGCAGAGGAAGUUCAUAUUAUUUCCACUUAAAACUGAGGAGAUGAUAGAAGACCCUGCGUUUGUUACCCCUGAUGGAGUAAAACGCGUCAGAGUCUACUUAACUCUUCAAAUCCGCAACGCAGCAGAAAUGGGCUGCAUAUCUAUAGAAUUGUUCACAGAAAUAUGUCCGCAAACUUGCGCCCUAUUCCUGGAUCUGCUAGAUGGCGACGGCGUUGGUUACGGAUAUGUCGGCACUAGAUUCUUCAGCCCAGAGGGCCAGGUCUUCACCGCUUAUUUCGCCGAGGACACCCUGAUUGAGGAACUGAAGAACAGAUCUAUGGACUUCUUCUAUCCAAAUGGCGAGAACAGUUCCAGCAGGUUCAAAAUAGUACGAGUAUCAGACACGGCGACGUUACAUGACUUCUUAACGCUAUCACAGGAACAGGUAGCCAUGUACGACGAGCUGCUGUUGAUAGAACGAAGGACACCAGAAGCUGGAACGCUUUGGGACCUAGGAGCUGUCAGGGCCCCACAACCCAGCGCUAUAGCGGCCGCCACAGCAUCCCUACCGAGUCCUCAGAACCCAAUGCGACAACCUAACCUUCAAUCACUUCUAUCCACAAACGAGCUAUCUUACGAGCUUAGAAAAAUCCUGAUAUCGUUGAUAGAAGCUGGUGCACGGUUAGCAGCAGCUGGAAGAAACUACGAGUUGACUUUAGCGCAACUGUCCGCCGCUUUGGACGAGCCUCAACGCAAUCAGCAGUUCACUGUCCAGGUUAUAACCCCAGAGGAGAUCGCAGCCAGGUUUAACUCCGCGGAAGAUGGUAAUACAUCAAUGGCUUCCAACAGCGAUGAGACGUAUCGACGCGCGGAACACUUACAAAUGUUCCUAGAGAAGUUCCGCGCAUGGAGGAUGAAGAUUAUGGACCCACCUAACCCAGAAUCACUAUUGGCGUUAAAGAACCUUGGGUUUUCCCUGGAAGAUGCGGAGACGGCGCUGCGUUACACAGGGAGUAAUGUACCCGCUGCUGCGUCUUGGUUGAUAGGGGAGAGAGGGUCUAGUGUCUUCGAGCUGAUAAAUGGUUUACCUGAUGGGCAUAUCCUGCAGACGUUAUUGAAGCAGCCUCAGAUUCAACGCGGUCUUCUCAACACGAGGAUGUUGAUAGCAUUUAUAGCCAUGGUGGGGCAGACAGGCAGCGCGUCGUUAUGGCUUAACUCCCCCCAUGGAAAUCCUUUGCUGUCCCAAAUUUCCAGGACGUACCAUUCGGAGAAAUAUUGCCUGGCUGUGAACCAGUUUUCGGAGGAAAAGCGAGAGACACCCUCGACUUCGCGGCAGCGAUAG